AUGGCUGCCAUGGAUUUCAGCCCUCAGAAGCGCCAGCGAGUGCAGUCGACUGGUGCUGGGGAGAUUAUCAUUGAGAUUGGUGUCUAUGCAUUGGAGUCUUCGUAUGUGUUCCCGGAGUUCGAUGCUGGACAGAAAGUGUAUGCUUUGAAUUUGAAAUGUGACAAGCGGCCGUCACCGUUGGUAAAGGCUGAGGAGACCCUGGAGGCAUAUCUAGCCAGUGGUGCUUUGCCAGCUUUUGGUAGUGCAGUGGCAGAGUUGGUGGAGUCGCAGAUGAUGGUACGCUUUGAGCGCGCGAAGCCGUGGCGCUGCACGUUGUUCACGGUGCUCAAGAAUGUGCCGUCUGGCUGUCACCUUUUGAGCGAGUGGCUGUGCUGGCGGGUGAAGCAGGCGGAUCUGAAAGGGCACGACUAUUCAGUACACGUGAUAGUCAUGGGGGAGGUGCCUGUGCCAUUGGCGACCUGGGCUCACCAGAGCCGUAUUCCUGCAAGAGUGGACGGCACGGGAUUGGAAGGGGCCUGGGCUCUGACAGUGGCACCGCCGGGGUGGCAAGGCCAUGUGAGUGUAGAGAUUGAGAUGGCGGAGGAGGUAGCGGGGACCAUGGUGUGCUGCAAAUUGCGUGGCUAUACGUAUCCCCUGAGAGCAGUUCUUCAGUGGCAAGGGCAUUGGGAGGAUCCUUCUGGGCGCAUUUUGGCGGAGAAACAGGUGAAUGCGAAGUAUGUGCAGGUGUCACCAUGGAUGAACUACAAGGAAGCGGUGGAGACUUUGUCAGUGUUGCGCACCGUGUCCAAGACCAUUGAAAUUCAUGGCGGAACGCCAGAUUUGAAGCAGCUCCUGUUGCAGAAGAUGGCCUUUGGCGCUGAGGAGGAUAAGGAGGAGGCACCGGUUGGAGGCAAUUAG